AACCCCAUCCCUCCUCCUCACUCCCACACCUCAGAAACCAACUCCAAGAGCUAAACUCGUUCCCGCCGCCGUCAACAUGUCGGAGAAAGCCUGCGACCACCACGAAAGCGACCGGCGAAAGAUCGCGCGGCGGUGCUGCGCCGGUCUGCUCAUCUUCAGCUUCAUCUUCCUGGUGAUCAUCCUCCUAAUUUGGUCCAUCCUCCAGCCCAGAAAGCCCCGCUUCACCCUCCAAGACGCCACUAUCUUCAACCUCAACGUCUCCGCCCCCAACGUCAUCUCCACCACCGUCCAAGUCACCGUCAACUCCCGCAACCCCAACUCCAAAAUCGGCAUUUACUACGACAGGAUGAACGUCUACGCCACCUACCACAACCAGCAAAUCACCUACUACACCGUCAUCCCGCCGGUCUACCAGGGCCACAAGGACGUCAACGUCUGGUCCCCCUUUAUCUACGGCAACAACGUCCCAGUCGCCCCCUAUAACGGCGUCGCCCUCGGCCAGGACAAGUCCAAUGGCGCCAUCUCCCUGACCAUCAAAAUUAACGGCCGCGUAAGGUGGAAGGUCGGCUCCUUCAUCUCCGGCCGCUACCAUCUCCACAUCACCUGCCCCGCCUAUAUUCCCCUCGGAAACAGCAAGAACACCGGAAUUGUCAUCGGCAACGCAGUUAAGUAUCAGCUUUCACAGAGUUGUAGUGUCAAUGUUUGAUCAAAAUUCUCAAAAAAAAAAAACAUUUAAAAAUAGGAUUAUUACAUGCUAAUCAAAUCAGGACCAAUAAUCAAUCGUCCGAAGAAUUUAAUUUCCGUUGUUUUCCAUCUUUUUGGUAUCAUAUAUAUAUAUGUAUCUCUGGAGCGUAUUGUAUACGUUGGAGAAUUGUACAUUUUGCUCGAUAAUAAUUCAUUCAGGCGAGGAAGAGGUGAAAGCAGACAGAGCUGCAAUGUAUGAUCUUGUACAAGAAUUGUACCAUGUUUAAGUUAUUGAAAUGAGAACUUAUGCAA